UGGUUACACUAGCUGGGGCUGAUGGCGGACCGGAGGAGGCAUUGACAUCUAGUGUUUACAUGAUUGUUCCAGCAUCUUCCCGAGUUGACCAUGUGAUGGUGGAACCCAGCUGGCUCACCAGAUGGUUUACUUCCACACUGUUCCUUGGAAACCGCAGCAGGGACACUUGUCAGCCUCGUGCAGCUGUCGCUGUGCCAGCACUUUUGCUACUGCCCUUGUGACAUGUGGAGGCCCUGCAGCAGCCUACACAGCAUUUGAAAGAGCUGCGAAAGCAACGAUGGGAAACCUGCUCUGCUGUGUCUGCAGGGACCACAAGUCAGGAGUAGAUGAUGGUGGCAGCACAGGUGGAAGAUAUGGCUUUCACCGAAGACACAGCUCUCGUUCACUUCCUGUGGAGGCUCACGAUGGCUCAAGUGAGCGGCGCAGGUCCAGCUCUGCUUUCAGCUGGCAUGGCACAAGAGGUUCACUAAGUGCACCUGCAACAAGCUACGUGGAACAUCUCAUCCUUGAAACCCUUUCCAUCAUUCGGACCUUGGUUGACAAUGAGCAGGAGCCUCCACCAUUCAUGAUCAAGCUGCACCUGAUAGCUGACAAAGAAUCUGGCUGGCUUUUGGUCGUGCGAUCCAUGGUGAAUGCCAUACCUAUGGAUGACCCCUUAGGCCCAGCUGUCAUUACUCUCAUCCUUGAUGACUGCCCUCUACCAACUAAGGAAUCCGUGGGAAAGUUGUCGCAAAUGUUUCAACUCUCAAGAGAGCUCUCGCUGAGUGGCAGGAACAACCCAACGUGGCAUCGAAACAUUUGUGUUGUUCUCGGAUGCAUUGCAGAAAAGCUUGCUGGACCAAGCAGUGUUGCGCUUCUGACAGAAGACACACUCGAAUACCUCAUUGCAAAUUUGGAUCCUGUUACAUGCAACACUCUUGUGAUCUUGUUCUCACUUAUCGCCUUGGAGAAAUUUGCUCAAACAAGUGAGAACAAAGUAACCCUGGAAAAGCGCCUGUCAGGGCUACCAGAGAACCCUCUCGCAAAAAUGGAGCCUUGGGUUGACAGUGAAGAUUUUGUUGAACGUCAAGUUGGCUUCUGUGCUCAAUGGUGUUUGGACAACCUUUUCAUCCUUGAGGGACGUCAUUACACAUAUGAGGUUACUGACAGAACCAACAUUAACGCCAUGCUCAACAGCAAUGAUGUCAGCGAGUAUUUGAAAAUUUCCUCCAACGGUCUCGUGGCACGAUGUGACGCAUCAUCAUUUGAGAGUGUACGCUGUACCUUUCAAGUGGACUCUGGUGUCUGGUUCUACGAGGCCUUAAUUGUCACUUCAGGCGUAAUGCAGAUUGGUUGGGCCACCCGAGAAAGCAAGUUUCUCAAUCAUGAGGGUUAUGGAAUUGGUGACGACGAGUUCUCGAUAGCUUAUGAUGGGUGCCGGCAACUUAUCUGGUACAAUGCCCUGAGCCAAAGCCAUAACCAUCCUUGCUGGAAACCAGGUGACAUUCUGGGCACCUUGCUCGACAUGAAAGCAUUCCAAAUUACAUUUUACCUCAACGGGGAGCCCCUGCCACCAAACACUCAAGUCUUUCAGAAUGCCAAAUCCGGUUUCUUUGCUGCUGCCAGUUUUAUGACAUUUCAGCAGUGUGAGUUCAACUUUGGGCGCUCACCGUUCAAGUUCCCACCUAGUGGAGUUGAGUUCUCUUGCUUUAAUUCUUUUGCCCACCUGUCUGAAGAAGACAAAAUUAUUCUGCCAAGGCACAUUCGUAUGGAGAAGCUAAGGCACAGUAGUGUCCGUGAAGAUUCCUGCACCCUAUGUUUUGACCGCAGUGCUGCGGUUCGGCUGGAGCCUUGCCAACACAAGGGUUUCUGCAGUGAAUGUGCCAUACAGCUGGAGGUAUGCCCCAUGUGCCGAAGCGAGAUCCGGGAGCGGAUAGAAGCAUCUCUUUAGCUUCUAGACUACAGCCUUGCCGGCAGUGCUGCUUAAUUCAGGGGAUAUUAUGCCUAAAAAUGCAACCGCUACAGAGUCGACUGGCUUUCAGCCGAUUGCUUGAGAAUUGUGGCAUACUGUAGGAAAAAGUGCGGCAUGCAGCUCGAAAUGAAAUUAUGCGUUAAUGAUACUUGUAAAGCUGUUCUGACUUUUAUUUUAUUCCCUGUUAGUUUCUUGCACUGAAGGCAUUGCGUGUUUUCAACAAUGGAAACAUGCUUUCAUAGUUUUCAUUACACAUUUAUUGUAGGUACCAAAUUGGAUAAAGACGUGUGGCUAAGAGCUGUAUGAACAAUGUUAGUUGUAAAAGUGGUGCAUAAUUUCUGACAGGUUACUUUAAGAAUUAUUUGAUGUUGUGACUGCAAUUUGAGUGGUAAUGUGUUAAAUUUAUUAUUGACUGGUUUAAAAGACUGUGACUAGCAACUGCAGCCAGUUUCAAUGGAACUCCAUGGUGUUACAGGGACCGUAUGACACCUAGAAGUGUCUAUUGAUGGCGCUCCAUCUACACUAUCAAUGGCCAGGGCAGCACUACAUAUUUUUUUUACUCUGUCUAGCAACUUACUCUUCUGUGAACACUGAGAGUUGCUUUGGUGAGAAUCAUGGGGUCACAUGUGUGUGUCUCACACAGUAAAUAUAUCUGUAAGAGCUGAAAACAAUUAUCAUGGACAAAAAUUGGGCAGAGUUAACUGUAAAUAAUACCUCUCAAAAGAGAAUUCAAUAUUUAAACAUUCUGCUCAUAGUCUAAAGGCUAUCCUGUAAAAUUAAUGUACAGUAAAAACCGGAAAAUAGGUCAGUUUGGAAUGUAGGUCGAUCCCUCCAAACUGAAUAAGAAAUUUUUAAAAAUCGCAAAGUAUUGCGGCGCACUCUUACCUUGGUAAAUGCAUGACAACCAGCUGUACUGUGGUGACAUUUCUUUUUAUUUGGACAUUGAUCUUACUUAGUUAAAUGCCAGAAGGCCACAAAGUGCUCUCACUCAGACUCGUCUGUACUUGAGUACGACGAUGUCUGUUUUUCACUAGUAAUGUCCCAGAGUGUAUCGUCCUCCAUUCCAUCCAAUGCGUUACUGAUGCAGCAUUUGCGGAAAGACGAAAGUACGCCGCCUCAGCGCAGAGCCCUUCCACUUCAUAAAUUGAUGCACCCUACGAUUGUGAUCCCUUGAAUUGCACCUUCGUGGCCCAGAGUCGUGCGCUAUCCCGAAAGCUUUCACGCGGAUGCUCUUCGCUGUUGUAGCUGGCCACCUUGCACACAGCUUCCGGAUAAAUUCGCCGAAUAGUGUUUCCAGUUCAGGGUGCACUGAAGUCUGUCCACGAAACGUUUUUGGUGCAGCAUGCUAUGCGCUGCUUUUGGUUCCUCCAGUAUUGGAUGCUUUUCUUUGAUGCACCAAAUUCCUGUUGCACUACCAGGUUGCCGUGCGCUUCGAUAACAUUUUUCUUAAAGCCUAUUGUGAAACUUCCGCCGACUACCACUCACUUCUGAAAGAAAUGAAAAAAUGAAAACAGCAGACUGACAGCUGAUAACCGAGGCAAAAUGGUGUUGAUAGAACACCGUAGGCCUUGCCUAGCCUUGCCCAAUGGCGCCGCUGCUGAUGCUCACGAUAGCAAUGGAGGCUUUCGACUUAACUGUCGAUUGUUGUGAGACUUACUUCCAUGUUUUUUUUUUUUCUGCUAAUAACCGGUAUAUAAGACGAGGGAUGACUUUUCAUUAAUUUUUUUUUUAAUUCGACCUACAUUUCGGUUUUUACGGUACUACCCUCUAUGCAGUCACCUUAACUUUUUUUUAAGCAGGCAAUAAGUUCUUCUAGCCAGCUUAAUAGAUGUCAGUGUUAGGACCAAAUCUUUGCAAGAUUGGGCAGGCACAUAUUGACAAAACAUUUAUCUCUGUGGCUUCAUGGCUGUGACAUUGUGCAGCUGAGCACGAGAUCGCAGGUUCAUUUGGUAACCAUAAUGACCUCAUUUCAGUUUGGUGAAACGCAAACAAGCUUAUUUAUAGCUUGUUUGCUAGAAAAUUAGAGGAGCACUGACAGCAAAAUUGAUGUUUGGGACUUUAUGCUUUAAUUAGUAGCUUUCUGUCUGAUGGUCCCAAAAUUAAAUCUGAAGUUCCCUAAUGUAUAGUGUAAUUAAUACUAGUAUAAUUUAUUAUGGCUAAUUUCACAAUCUUUUGAAAUUCCUCAAGAUUAUUGCCUAAUUUCAUAGAAACUAGUGCUGCGCUGAAUCAUUAAAUCACGGGUACCCAAGUUUUGGCGACGUUAAGAGUGCACCUUUUGAAUCAGGGCCCCAUGUGAUUGUGCAACAUAAAGAUAGGUGUCAGUAUCAGUUAAGGUGUGAUGCAAUUUCUGUGAAGUUUCUGUGAUGCACUCAUCUGCGAAGCACCCAUUAUUCUCUCAAAAGUUAGCCUUCUUAUAAAAAAUGGACUGACUCGGUUUAAAAAGUGAAGCCAACUUAAAAAUUAAGUAGUACUGUGGCUAAGGAUAGCCAACGUUUUAUUCAAUACAAAUGAUUGUCCUCAACGUCCCUCUUCGUUACUCGAAGUUCUGUUUGCUUCUUCAGAUUCUUACAUUCUACAGCGCUCGCCUCCUUUCACCACCUAGCCACACACACGUAUAAACACACGUGCUGACGAUGCUCCGCAUAUCUCAUUCCUUGUCAAACGACAUUGUUGGCGCACAGCUGUCCAUGUCAUCAUUAACCUCCGAAGUGCAGCACAGUCUGUGGGUGUGUAAGGUAAACAUUCAAUCCGUAUCGGAGAUGUGUGGACAGGAGAUGUAUAUUGCAUGUGCAGUCCUACCUGAAAGCAUUUUUAAACAACCUUUGUAACUGUCCAUGACAUAAAAAUUUUUUGUUGCAGUACUUGAAAAGCCACUGGUGUAAGCCUCGCACAACUUUUUCGCAAUAUAUUUGGAUAUAAUGCAGUUGAGAUUGUUUCUCUGAAUUAUCACACAAUGAUGAUUGCACAAGAAAAGAUUCUAAGCAGUGUGGUGAAGACACUGAAUUUGAGACGAACCAACCCAGAUAAUCGGAGUCAAGCUGUUGCCAGGCAUCGUUGCUUGUCAGUGCCACGAUUACAACACUAGAAUUGUCAACCUAAUCAUUACUAGUGCAUCUUCACACAGUGCUCGAGGGCGAUGAGUCACAGUACUGGUGAUGUCGCAGUGUGCUGGACAUCCUGUUGAGCCUUCAUACGCUGUUCACUCACUGUUCACAUACGCUGUUCACAUAUGCUGUUUACAAUAAAAUAGCUUCCAUGCAAUGUACACAAUUCAUGAUUUGGCAAAAAAACAUGAAUACCAAACUAUCAGAUCAAGGCCCAAUCUCAAACUCGAAAUCUUGUGUCACUGUUCCUUUAAAGAAUCCCUCCAGUUCUUCAUAAACCACUGUGCAGUUUCUGAGCAUUAAAUGCACAGCACAGGUUCACUAUGAACAAAGCUUUACAGCAAUGGACUUCUGUUGUAAAAGGACCAUCUGGCUGAAGCCAUCUGCACUCCAGUAUUUAUUCAUUUAGACAUGGAAGACUGCAAAGUGGACCGUAAAACAAUUGGCAACUAAUAUUAAAGUUGAGAUUAAGAAGAACAAUUGGCAACUAAUAUUAAAGUUGAGAUUAGGAAGAAAAAACAAUGGAGCUAGGAAGGCCAUGAAAUGUGUAUGGCAGAUAAUCAUUAAUCAGUUUUACAAUCAAAUGUGUACCAUAAGAUGGUUAGUGCAGCUGAGGAUUGGAGAAAGUUAAAAGCAGGGGUGUAAUAAAAAGAAUUUGCAAGCAUAAAAUAAAAGCUGCUCGUGCAAGACACAUUAAAUUGUAAAUCAUUUGGGCAUAACAAAAAGGCUGAUUAUGGUGUGAUGAUUUAGACUCAGUACUAUCUUCAUUAACUAUAGAAGGUGACACAUGAACAGCAUAUGAGGUAUGAAUGAAGCUCAAUUCUUCUUGGGGACUUUGCAUGCUCAGCAUUUUUCAAAGAAUUUGGUAUAAAUUCUUUCAGCAGUGUUCUCAUUCAUGUGAAAUGGAUGCAAAAACUUGUACAGAUUUUUUUUUUUUGUACAGUUAUGCGAGCUCUAGCUCUUUGCCAAGAGUAGUGGAUACAGAACCAUCCCUAACUCAUUCAAAUGCUAGAUUGAACUGUAAGGAGCUAGACACAGCCAAGCGGAUAAGGUUGCCACCUGUGCAGUUUCCCCCCAGCACCAUUAGUUUUUAAGAGCUUAGUUUCCUAAAAGAGCCUUGGUUUAUAUUGUGUGUGCCACACUCACUUGCUCUCCACUACAUUUUGUAUCUCAAAAGUGCACUGCCAAGGUGGUACCUUUGUGCAUGUCACACAGUCCCUGUAACUGUCAUUUUUCAAUGCAAAUUACAUGAGUGGAUAAGACAUUUGGUUGGCCAUAAGUGUUGCAUGUAGCGAAACUGCUCAAAUUUUUUCUAGCAAAUCUUUUUUCAUGGAUGCUGAAACAUAAACAGGCACAGCUUCUAAACAACCUACUUGUGUCAGAACAGCUCUUUGAAAAUGUGUGAAUUAUUUUUUUAAUCUUUUGUGCAUUAUCACUCAUAUUUUGAUCUGAUGUUCAAGGGUAGAGCGAACAGUAGUAGUCUGUCUGCUAUGUACUGCUGCAAAAUAAUUGAAGCUUCUGUUUGUUUGCUGUAAAAGACUGGCAUUCUUCUGUUUUCAAAGCUCUGCUGUCAUUGCAUAGCUUUUUCUGUCAAGUUGUGGGUCUUGUAAAUGUCUACAGCCAAGAUGUCACCGGUGGUUUAUGGGAGUGCAAAAAACAAAAAGCUUUAAUUUAUUUACGGGGACUAAGAAAAUCAAUAAUUUGAAAGCUAGUAGUUACAAGGACAUUAUAGCAGAAUUUCAGUUUACUUUUGGCACUAGCAGUGCUUUGAGAGUAAAAGAAAAAGAAGGAACUUCCAUCAGUAAUAAACUAUUUAAUAAACUAUGUUAGUAAGAGCCUUGUGGUGGUCUUCUAUACAAUUUUGAAUGCACAAUAUGUGUAGAAUUUUAUGUAAAACUUCAUUCAGUAUGGAGAGUUAUAAAAAUAUAUUUCUUGUGUACUUAAAGGUGUGAAGAAUUGAAAGAAAUACCUGCUUUCUCUUUGAUUUUCACAAAACAAAUUUUAUCUGUCAAGCAGCAUGUUGUGGAAUUGCUAUGCAUAUUUCCCUCCUCACCUGAAUUAAGUGCUCAAAAGCCUUGUUGCAGCACGCUGAAUAAGGCAUGUUUAAAUGCAGUGGCAAUCAUUGUUUAAACAACAUGGAUAUCUUUGUCCACACUGAAAGCUCCUUUACAAACCACAAUGUGCACAUACUGUUUUAAUCUAAAUUAAAUUUGGUAAAGUAGGCAUUAAAUAUUAGUAAGACAUCAGUGUACUCAUUCAUUUAAAUUUUCGGGGGCCGCUGCAGCCGAUCUUGUUUUAGUUUAAGUGGCAAUAUGCAGCAUUGCCUUCAUUUGUAGAGGUAAGCCUGUACAUUUUCAAAACCUUUAAAGCACCAUAAUAGUGGUGUGUGCACACUGAAAUGUCACUCUACUUUCAAGUUCUGAGGCCUCGAAAAUAUGACACUCUGAACUGUACAAAAGGUACUUGAUUGAAUUGCUGCGGAUUUCACAAAUAUUGCUUUAUUAUUCAUGAUCACAAGUUUCACGUAUUGUAUCCUGUAGAGUAUCAAAGUGUAGUCAAAAGUUGUGUUGUUUCCCUAGUUUUGAAGGUGUUCCAGCUAAAAUGCAGAAAUUUCUUUAGAAAGGCAAAGUUGUCUAUUUGCAUGAAACAGCAAAUAUUGUUCGCAGCCACCUGAAGAAACCUUCAGUAUUUUUGUUUUAUUGUUAAAUUUUUAAUACUUAUGUUUAUGGCUACUAUUUUAAUACUAGAGUUAUAGAGCACUCUAGGAAACAUUAAUAUAUUUGCAGUGUACUAACUGUAUCAAAAUAUUAUAUUGUGAUAGAGAUACACAAAAAAUCAGUCACACACGCAAUGUCACUCUCAUGCAAACAAUAGUACUGCCCUCCACCCUCUUUAAUUAUCCACUGCCCCAAAACCUGUCUCGAGUAACAUCAUUUCAUAGCAUUAGCGUAGUGCAAAAACCCUGAGAGCUUUUGAAGAGGCAGAAAACAUGCAAUGAGGAAAAGGCAUAUGGCAGGCCAAUCUUGCAAGUGCAACCAGUUUUCAGGCAAGAAGGGGCUGGCACUUCAAUGUAUGCUCUCCCACUGUAUGCUGAAUGUUUAUUACAUGAUCCAGAAUGUUUUGACCCACCCAGAAUCUUCACAUAUGAACAGUGGCUGACGUGAUGUGUGUAGUUGGCAAGCAUGUGUUUACUGUGGUUUAUACUGCCCAUUAAGUUAUAUUUUGCAAACUCUGUCAAUGUUUUGCCCGCAAGCUUUUUUCACACAUUUGAAAAACAAUGAAAUUUUCUUUCAGUUAAGAACUGUCUCCGGCUUGCACAUGUACCAGUACUGGUCUGCCAACAAACUACUCUAGCUUCAUGCAUAACCUUGAAUUUUGACAAGUGUUACUUCACUGUGGCUGCUGCAUUCCUGCUUGUGGUGAACUUCGUGUGUUUUUUCAUAGCAAUAAGAAAGCGUUGGAAACGAAAUUAUUCUACUGCACAUAUCAUAGAUUGGCCAGAUCAAGUGAACCCACUGCAUACCUGCCAAGUCACCCAGAUUGUCCGGGAGGCUGUCGGAUUUCGACUGCUUCUUCCGUUUGUAUGUUUGUUAUGAAAAUCUUCCGGAAAUCGAUAUUUCUGCGUGUGCUCAAGCCGCAUUGACAAAAAUGCAGGUCAAUCCGCUUCAGGCUUUCUUCGAACUGCGGCAGAUACAAGUUUGUGAACUUCCCCAGCCAAAUUCUACUGUGUCCAUUGGGCCAAAAUUCGAAUGCACGUUCCGAACACUUUUCCUAAUCACAGCGGAUGAUAUAAACUUUAGUACCAAAACUGUCGAACGAAGGCAAAGAGGAGCAUGCUCGAAGCUUUGGUAUUAUGCAUACAUCAAGCGCACGCACUGCUUUCUACAGUGUGUGUGGUUAUCAUUGCUAACUGCGGUUGUUCUUGACACGAUCAUGUAUGGCGACGGCGUAACUGACAGAACUUCAAAAGAGUGCGCGCGUGCAACUCUCGACUAGUCAAAGCCACGCUGCUUUCCGCAAACUGUGGAUAAAAACACUGGCAGAUGCGGUCAUAUAUGGCAUAAAACAACUUCGUUUUGAAGUCACGUGUGCAGUUAGCGCAGCGGGUUGAAAAUGGAACUACCGUUUGUCGCAAACGCCGCACACAAAACCGCGGUCGCGGUGAUGCGAAAGUGAUCUACGAGCUCUAAGGGCACGCGGCUAACGCAGCGAUAGAUUAAAGGCAGUAAAGGGUAGAAGUGUUUUGGCAUUCCUGUAAAAAGAAUCUAGUAGCGAGCAAAGCUUUGGCCCGCACUUUCGUGGCAGCCAGCUGCGCCGUUCCUUCCGUUCACGUGUGUCCCAGGAAGACAUGCGCAGGUUGUUUCGACAGAAAUUGAUUUUGCUAGUUGUUUUUAUGACACAAAAUUUUGGGAGUAUUUGCGCUCUCGCUUUGAGACUUCUUUCUUAGUAGGAAACCCUACCCUCGUGUGUUCGUCCACUACAAGCCAAUAUAAAACCGCAACGCCAGUGGUUGCAAUUGGGACCCCCCUUCUCUUGUUUUUCGCGCUUGCGAUUGGAAUCCCCCCUUUGUUUUUUGCUAUGUAUUUUUGUCCUUUGGUGCCAAAAAAAUGGGGGCAAAUAAUUCGACGUGGCAACCCCCCCCCCCCCCUUCCCCGCAUUGCAGAAGUCUCCCGGAUUCAGAAUCCUUGAACUUGGCAGAUAUGCCCCUGCAAAGAGGGUGAAUCUAUAACAGUCCAGGCACAGAUUCAGGCUUUCUCAAAGGGGUGUUGGAUUUUAAAAUGGUGAAAGGUUGUAAUGACUUCAGGGCUGUUUAACAACUUUAUGAGCUUGUCACAUUUACUGUUGCUGCACACAUCGAAUUGAAGGAGAGCUCAGGACAGCCAGACGUACUUACUGGAUCAGUGCAUUCCACGUUCACCACCUAAUUGAAAUAAUUAAUUCAUUGGCACUCCAUUUGGGAGCAGUGCUGCUAUGUCAUCUAAGCAGUGUGCUGCAUCAGCCUUCAUGGAACCUUGUGGUGUUCCUUUGACAGGGUAAAGAUAACCGUGCAGGUAAUGCCAAAUGAAAAUGUUUUUAGUUUUGCUCUAAAAAGCUAGUGUUAAUUUAAUGUCAACUAACAGACAAUAAUACCAAGAAAAGUAUAGGGGAUGUUAGUAGUAGUAAAUGUAACAUAAAUGUGAAGAAAGAGAAAGUGGACGAAAAGAUAUCUUGCCAUGGGCAGGGACCGAACCUGCUACUUUCAAAUAAUGUGUCCUAUGCUCUAUUAGAAGAUCACAGGUUUGGUUUCUGUCCACGGCAAUUCAUCUUUUCAUCCACUUGUUUUUUCCCUUCACAUUUAUAUUGCAUUUACUACUAUUAACAUCCCCUAUAUUUUCUUUGACAGCAUUGUCUAUUCUCAUUAAUGUUGUGUCGAACAAGAAAAAACAAGCCCUUAAUAUUUGCUCUUCUUUCCUAGUAUUAAUUUAGUAGCCUUAAUUUAGUUAGUGCUAAGUAAGGACUCACACUAAUUAAUUAAUAAAGGAACAUAAAUAUACCAGAGGCUUUUCUUUCUUGAAGCCUGCUGCUUGUUCGCUGGUUGCUACAGCCAAAGACAUACAGGUACACCUUGUAUGCCAUUUUCUUGAAGGGCAGAAUUAGGUGCCAGCCAACAACAGUCUGGCAUCGCAUUGCUCUGCAUACUCGUGGUUCAAUCCAGCCCCCCUCCCUUUUCAUUUGCUUUUUCACAUGGAAAGACAAUUUAAUAAAUGUGUUUCUUCUCGUCUAUGCCCUACUCUAUGAAAAAGAAUGCAUUAAUUUUAUCAUUAAUUGAGCCCUUUGAUGCCACACCCCAUUAUUUAAAAAGGUGUGAAAAACUUCCUCUGUCUGCCAAUUAUCAAAAUGAUUUUCUUUUUUUUUUUCUGAACUAUCUCACUUAGCUAAUAUCUUGCACCUAGCUUUUUCUUCUCUCUUUUGCAUGUGAGGACAACCCUUACGCAAUGUGCUAGUGCUCGUGCAUAAUCUCUUCGAAAGUUAUAUAUAGCCUGCCAUUCAGCUGAAGUCAGAUAUGGGGCAUUUAAUAAGGUGGCAUUUAUCUAUAUGAAUCACUAUGAUAAUGUGACAUAUAAGGUUUAUUACAAAAAGGCAAAAAUGUGCAUUUUACGGCAAAAAAAGGGAACAGUUCAAUUUAUGCUUGAGAUGAUUUCAUAAAAGAGAGUGGCAUGGCAUUCAAUUCUAUUAUAUGCAAACUCACAGUUUCUAUUUAUGAUGAAGAAUUUGACAAGGAUACAAGAACUAUCAUCUUUUGCUAAGAUGCAGUCUGAUUCUCUUGGCAUAGUCACAGUGUAAUAGACAGUGCAAUGGCAAUUUUCUGGUUUAUUCAAAAUCAAGAUUUCAUGUGCACAUGUGUGCAGUGUGGAUGCUUUUGAAAUGUGGACAAAAUGCAACUGGAGUGGUUUAAAUUUCGGGCACUAUUUUUGGGUUGCAUUUUAUAAAUGUUUGGUAUUUCUUUUUGUUUCUCUCAAGCCAGAUUAUGACCUAGUAUGAAGCAAAACAAGAGAACUUCUUUUUAAAGCCAUGUGGCUAGGUUUGUGAAUGCUGUGACUGCCUGUUAAAUAAACGGAAAAAGAAGGAAACCUUUAUUUUGGCUACAACAUGGUUAAAUUUACGCAAGCCCUGCCCCUGUACCUCCCCCCUUUUUUUUCUAUUGACUUCACGCAGCUUGUGACUAUAGCCUGUGAAGUCUAGUGUACAUUUGUAGCUUUACUCCAGCUGCGUAUUUUGACAUGCCACUCUUGAAAACAGUUUUUGCAAGAAUAUAAAAUGUAGGGUAGCUGAUUAGCCAUUAGCACAUCUUUCUCUUCUGCCAUUGCCAAGCUAAUUUUUUGUGGCAUUACACUACAUCACCUAUAGUGGACAGCUGCUGUUGAAUUGUACAGUUCACACUGCCUGAAACAUAUCUUGUGCAGUGGAAAGAUAGUGGUUGUAAUACUUUCCAGACAUUGGCUUCAGUUGUGACUAUAUGAAAUAUACAUGACUUUAAGAAUUGGCAGGUACAGUGAGCAAUUGCUGUUGAAUAUUAAUAAUUGUCAUUCAUCUUUUAUGCAAUUGAUUGCUGAGGUUUUUACAGGUCGAAGAGCAGUGAUGAGACUGUGUUCUGAUUUUGUUAUAUGGUUUGUGUGCUUUGAAUGCCAAGAAAUCUGUUUAUGGUAUUUCCUUCCUUCUUUCUUUUUUAUUUCUUUAAGUUCUGCAAAAGUUAUGUCAUACAGUGUGUAGAAUGCCUGUGGUAGAGUGCUCUUUGACCACAGAAUCUGCGAGUGAUUUCACUAUUUGUAAUUGAAUUCACUGGCAGCUCCUACUUAUGCCUUCGAUGUCCAUGUAUCCAUGACUAGUUCAAACGAGACUGUUAAGAACUGUUUGUAAACAGGGUCAACUGUAAAAAGAUGGCACAAGAUGUGUAUCCUGCCCGUUUGAACAUGUAUGCAACAGUUAACAUAUGGUGCCAAGCAAGCUACUACUUUUCAUUUUGUUUUAUUGUAUAGCCAAAAAAAGCACCUGCAGUACUGCAGGGUGCUUGUAGCAAUACCAUGCUGAUUCACAUGCAAGACAAUGACAUCAGUCUGAGCAUGUCAUACAAUACAAAUAAUAAUAUUGAAGACAGCUGGAAUAAUUGCAGUAAUUGGUUUCAUUGUUCAGUGCACAGUCUAGUUGAGUAGUCUUUUAAAAAAAAUUUAAAAACAAGUUAAUCUCCCAAACUGCUGAGUAUCCGAAUCACUGAAAAACAGUUUGGAAUCAUUCUUUUUUUUAGCCAGACAGUAAUACAACAGCAACCAUUGAAUCCCUGCUGUGAACAAUUUGCAAGGCUCAUCAUUGUGCAAAUGUAGCAGUGCUGUUUGACACUUCAUAGCAGAAAAUUGCAUUGUUUCAAGCUAUAAUUGAAUUUUUUAAGAUAUAUUUUUUCUCGCACAUCACAUGGCUUUCUUGCCGACCAUUACUGCUUUGCUCAAUUAAUAUGGCAGCAUUCACCAGGAAUUGUCCAACACACAACCUGCAGCAGUCCCUCUUAAUGUUUUAUGCAUAUAUUUUAUCAUCGAAUCUGGGGCAAUGACCAGGAAGGUGCUAAGAAUCAGUUUGUAGCCAAAAAUAUUUUAUUCACCUUUUGUUUCAACUUAAGGAUGUAACAUUAAUACAUAAUUGUCUAGGCACUUAUAAUAAAAGAAUAACUAGAAGGUGAAGAAGAGGAUGGGUCAGUGCUGGGCUAUUCACACUCUUUGUUUUGUGCCAGUUUUUUGGAUGUGUGUGAUUGUGCACGAGCUUGUCUUAACUCCUUAUCUUGUUGUAUUGUCAUGUACAUUUCACUAUCAACUUUCAUUGAUAAUGUGGACAGAUAGUGGCAAGGUUUGAUGUUCACUUGAAUCUUCGAACGAUUACUGCUUCGGUACUUUGAGGUACUGCUAUGAAGAAAACAAAGCCGGUACACUAUUUGACGUUUAGCUUGCUAUGCUAUAAUGGCUAUACAUUUGAAGCCCGAUUAACGAAGCAGUGACUGUGCUCGAAUUAUUUCAUUAAAUCUGGAAGCCCAUAAAAUUGGAAAAAAACAAGACUUUUCAGUCCUUAGAAAUUUAAAAUUUAAAGUAGCCGCACCCAAAAGCUAACAUGGAAUUCAACUUACAACAAGCUGUGCCUGCUCGUGCAAAACGUCUGAGAGUGUGGCAUGGACAUGCAACCUCCCAUGUCUGGGCAGUGCAGGUGAAGUACAGUCACCUGAAGCCAGGACAGGUGUCCGAUAUUCAGAGAUGAGAAUGAACGCAAUGAUUGUGCAAGGAAGUACCAACCAGUGUUAUCUGUUGCUUUUGGAUGCAGGAGAGUACUACAGACUGUUCAGUCCAUUCAUCCAUGUAAAGUUAUGCAUAAAACCUCGGCAAAAUGAAACUACGGUCGAGAAUAGGGUGGCUAGAUGUCUUAGUGUGAUGGCGUUAGAGUGUAAGACCAAAAAAAGGCAGUGUGUGUCAAAAUUAGAAAAAAAGUCACUGAAUUUUUCACUAAAUUAUUUCUGGAAAACCUUCAUUAGAUCUGGUUUGGUGCAAUGAUAGUUUUGUUAAUUUUAGUCGAUUAAAAUUUGAAUCCUAUUGGUACCUUUCAAGGAAUGGAAAUUUCUUCGUUAUACCGGGAAAUAAGGUUUCGUUAAAUCGGGUUUCAACAGUAAAAGUUAUAAAAGCCUAUACGCCAUGAAGUAGCUAAUGAUAAACAAUUAGUAAGUGCUUUGCUUAGUCCAGCAAGUGAUGAUGUAUUUUUAGUUACAAACUUAGUAGCUUGGCUAAACCGUAUGCCUAAAGGUGUUACCAAUUAUGGCAGUUUUAUAUAGGCCUUCAGUUAUCACAGUUAACAAAGGCACGACAUGCCCAGAGCAGCUCAGCCAUGACAAAUCAGCAUCAUCUGCCCUUUCCUCUUUAUUGCAUGCUCUAGAUAUUUCUCUUGUGAAGUCUGACAACAGAGACAUUACCAUCUGUGUGAUCUCAUUGAGCCGUCUACCUAGCUAAGGAUGCAAGCUGCGCAAGUGCAGGGUUUUGACUGAGGAAUACAGAAAGUAUGCAGUGGAGUGUAGUUUUUCUGUUUUACACUGUUUGGCUAUGCCUUUUGUCAAAACAUAUGUAAUUUCUACAAGAUGUACGAGUAGCCAUUUGUUGCUGUUCCACAAAUGGUACCUUUCCUUGGGGGAUGGCCCGAAUUAUCUUGGGAGAACCACAAAUUAGAGUUUUGUGUAUUGACUCGGUUUGCCCUCUUGAACAAUGCACACCCUGAAUACUCUCCAGGAAUUGGCAUCCUUUAAAAGGCAGAGGCGUAACACGCCUGUUAUUAGUUUUUACUAUAGUUAUUUUUGAAGCACUAGAGCAGAUCGACAAACAGUAUCAAACACCAAUUACGAAUUGCAAGUUCAUUUGGGAAAAGCUUGCAUCUUUUGCUAUGUGUCUGUUCGAAUCCUUUCUUGAACCUGCAUCUGUUUUUAGCCGCUCUGCUUUUCGACUUAGGUGGCCAACAAUAUGUAAACAAGUAUUUUCGCUGAAAAAUCAGCUCUUGUGCAAGGCCCAAAAUUUUGGCCGCACGAAGAUACAGUGCAUUGGCAGGUACCUUAAAAACUGCAUUGCAGCAGUUCUGCAAGUUCUGUAAACAUUUCUGCAAAUGGUGUUAAUGUUGUUUGAAUUUUAUAACAAUAUUUUAUAUGCGAGAAAAAGUAUUUGUGGCAUAUAAAUAGUGCUUAAAGCUAUGUAAUUUGCAUGUUAAAUAAUAUUUUCCAUAACUCACUACCAUGGUAUGAUUUGCUCUAUCUCGCAAGCACAUUGAUGGCCCAGUUACACUACUGUUAGAUAUUUUGCUUUGUAUGAAGCAGGUAAUGUCAGUAGCCUCCUCUCUCUCUUUUUUUUAUAAUCGCUUUUACACAGUCAAGCUACAGCAAGGUUAUAUGACAAGGUCUAGACACGCUGCUUAUGCAGAGCAAGAAAUGCUUGCGCUUGUUUCUGCAUGCUGCAUGAGGGUCAUUUCUGUCGUGCAUGCAAAAGAUUGAAAUGCUUAUGGCUAUUCUGUUGUAGUGCACGGAGGAGUUUUUGAAGUGAUAUAGCCAGAGCUUGCUCCGUAGGCACAGUCGGCUCUACGUUACCUUGCAGCUGUGUUUCGUUUUAAUCUUCCCCAUUCUGUACGGUAGAGAUCUGGAAACUUUAGGUACCUUUGCCCUUUAAGUAAGCAAGAAUAAUCUCUCGUCAAGAUGUACUGGCUCAAAUUGUUCACACUAAACACUUUGUUGGUGUUGCCUUCUUUCUUGCCAAGAAUUGUUGAGUAUAUUGUCACUAUUUCAACUGUCACUACUGCAUGUCCAUAUUAAUUCCAUUGACUUAUUGCACAGGGUUUUCACUAGAUGGUUGUGUUGUAUCCCAGCAACAUGUAGGACACCUACCUGUACAGGAUCUAGUCACCUUUUUUUCUUUCCUUCUCCAGCUGAAGAAAUAUACAUUCAAAUAUUUUUAAUUUUGUAGCCUUGUUUGUGAGGCCACUCGCGAGUCAUGUAAAUAUGGAGCUUGUCGAAUAUUGUAUAUCAUAUGUACCAGUUGAUUAAAAGUGCUGUUCACUAAGUGAAAUUGCCCUGUUUCAAUUUGCAAAGUGUUGAUGCUGUUCGGUGUAUAAAUGUUUUCCAAACAAAA